AUGAGUAUGUGCCACAUAUCGCGUUUUAGUGUUGGACAAAAACAGCUGGUCUGUUUGGCACGGGCAAUUUUAAAAAAGAGCAAAAUAUUGGUUAUAGACGAAGCAACGGCGAAUGUUGAUAAUGCGACUGAUGAAUUAAUUCAAAAUAGCAUCAGAGAGAAGUUUAAACAUUGUACAGUGCUGACAAUUGCUCAUCGACUAAGAACAGUACUUGACAACGAUAGAAUUAUGGUGCUGAACAUGGGUGAAUUAGUUGAAUGUGAUUCACCAUACAGUUUAUUGGAAAAUUCCACGUCUCAUCUAACUGAUCUUGUGAGACAAACCGGCGCUGCUGAAUUCGAUCAUCUACGAGCAUUAGCGAAAUCAGCACAUUUGAGGACACUACCUGACAACCAACCAGGGCAGUAUCUUGAUGAUAAAGAUACACAAUUUGAACAGUUUGAAAAUUCUGAUGGAGAAGAUACAGAACAAGUUGCAAAUUUUUCGGAUCCCUUCGGUCUUUAUUUAGGUGAAUUAACAAAACGUGUAUGUUGGGAUUUGGAUAAACGAGGUGGUGUUGGUGAAACUAUUCUUCAUGUAUGUUUUUUGAAUUCAACAACUGUUCAUUCAGCAUUAGCCAAACGUUUAAUUAGACACUUUCCGAAUCUUAUCAAUGAUAUUUAUAUUGAUGAUGAAUAUUAUGGUGAAAAUGUGCUUCAUAUAGCUAUAGUUAAUGAAGAACCGGCCACAGUUAAAUUUUUACUUGACAAUGGCGUUGAUUUUACUCAACGUUGUUGUGGCGUAUUUUUUUGUCCAGCAGAUCAAAAGUCGAGUCGAGUAGAUAAUUUCACAAAAGAAUGUCCAGAUGUUAGCAUACCUACAAAUUAUGAAGGUUAUUGCUAUUUUGGGGAAUAUCCAUUAUCGUUUGCAGCUGUUUUACAGCAAGAAGAGUCGGUGCGUUUGUUAGUGGCUAAAGGAGCCGAUCCAAACUGUCAAGAUUCAAACGGAAACACCGUAUUGCACAUGUGUGUUAUUCAUAACAAAAAAGCCAUGUUUGAUUUGCUUUAUGAACUUGGUGGACAUUUAGAUAUUAAAAAUCGUCAAGGUUUGACACCACUUACAUUAGCAGCCGUUCUCGCUCAAAAAGAUCUAUUUGAUCAUAUUUUACAAAAAUCACGUGAUAUUUAUUGGCAAUAUGGUAAUGUAACGUGUGCCGGUUAUCCGUUAGAAGAUAUCGAUACAAUUGGAAAAGAUGGAUCGAUGAAUGACACAAGUGCAUUGAAUAUCAUAGUUCGAGGAGAAUCAGCUGGUCAUCUGGAUAUGAUGGAUGGUUUAAUUGUUCAAUUACUUGUCGAGAAAUGGAGAACAUUUAUCAAAUUCAAAUUUUUUCAACGAAUGGCUAUAUUUGCAUUAUAUUUUGCCAUUGGUGCAAUUGCAAUGCUUAUUCGUGGUAUUUAUCGUAUUCCAUCCACCUGUAUCGUUCAUCAACUAAUAGAUAAACAAGACAACGAUGUCAAAGCACUUAUCGCGCUAACAAUAUUUGAUUCGUUAUCGAUCAUUGGUGCAGUGACUUAUUUGAUAUUUACUGUGCGUGAAUUAAGUUAUCAACAUUUCAAACUGGAUUCAUUUAUCUAUGUCAACGAUCCGACACGUGUUUUAUUUUUAUUCUCUUGUUUAUUAACCAUCUCGCUUAUACCAGCACGAUUAACAUGUUCCUAUUCUGCUGAUGAUAUAUUAUGUGUAUUUGCCAUGUUAACUCGAGCACCAUAUUUCUUCUUCUUCUGUCGAGGCUUUCGCUCGACUGGUCCAUUUGUAGUGAUGAUUUAUACAAUGAUUCGAGGUGAUUUAUUACGGUUUUUUCUCAUAUUUGUGGUGUUUAUGACCGGUUUUUCUCAGGCUUUACACGUUUUAUUUGUUCGUAUUCACUGUGAAAAUGAUUUCGAAACAAAUAUCGGAACAUUUUUUCGAAUGUUUUGUGUUACAUUGCAACAAGUUUCAGAUGCAUAUAAAAAUUUUGCAAAACAUCCAAAUCAUGGUAUACAAAUUAUUGCAAAAGUUUUAUUUGUGACAUAUAUUAUCACAGCAGCUGUACUACUUGUAAAUAUGUUAAUUGCUAUGAUGGGUAAUACAUAUGCAAUGGUCAACGAACGAAAGAAAGAAUGGCUUAGACAAUGGGCAAAAAUUAUGCUUGUCGUUGAACAAGGCGUAUCACGUGAAGAACGACUUUUACAACAAUCAAAUUAUUCAAAGAAAAUGGCCAAUGGAGUAAAUGUACUGAUCGUUCGUCUAGGACAAACGGAAGAAGAACGUGAAGCAAUUGAAAAUAUGCAUACAGCCUGUUAUGAACAAAUUAGAAAACAAUUUGAGCCAGAAAAACCGAAAACAAAACAGAAUACGUGGGUAUUAAAAGAACAGCAGCAAUCAUUAUUAUUCAAUCACAAUAAAAUUGAACAAUUACGAGAAAAAACAGUUGGAUUGAGUACAUUAGCUGAAAUUUAA